GAACGCAGAACCGGAAGCUACUCGAGCGAUUGUUUGGGGAAAAUAGUACUUUAUCAAAAAUAAUUAUUUUAUUUAAAGUAACAAUGCUAAAUAUAAACAACAACUCUUUAAAUGAUAAAAAAGUAAAGGUGUAGCAGUCUUUUUCGUGAACUGCGGCGGCUCACUGACCCGGACGUCCCGGAAGUCAAUGCAGGGCUUGGCGAGCACUAUCCGCCACAAGUGUUUUCCCCCCUGUUGUUUAGCGAAGAAAUAAGAGCAAAAAUUGUACGUUUUCGGGCGUGAUUAAACAUACAAAGGUCAAAGGAAGUCACGGAAGACGAGCUAAGGAGUUUGUGUCUAAAAAAACCCCAUCUAAAGAUAUGAACUCUCCAAGCACAAGUCCUGCUCAAAAACAACACAAUGGAGAGUCUGAUGAAGAACCCGCGCCGCAGCAGGAUUCUUCCGUUCGGCAGAGUCCUGACAAAGAAGGGGGAGGAGGAGAACGUGACGCCGGCGGCAGUGAUGCAGGAAACGGCAGCUCUGACAACAGUAGUAGCAGCGAGGACGAAUGCGACGCCGCCUUGAGGAAGAUUAGGAGCAGCGUGUCUCAGAUCACGAGGUCCACGGAGCAACCGCUACCAGAUAGCGGAGAACCCGACGCGUCCAGAUCCAGAAGUAGGUCCAAAUCCAGAGAGCCGGACAGAGACAGAGACAGAUCCAGAUCCAGGAGUCCGGACAGAUCCAGGGGACGGGAGCGCUCCAGGUCCAGAGAUCGUUAUGACAGAGGACAGCGCACUAGGGACCGCCACCGUGACGGCGAGCGGCGUCGGGAACGAGAGCGGCGGGGCCGUAGCCCUUCCCCCCCGCCCGCCAAGAAGAAAAAGGAGGAGCUGGACCCCAUCCUGACCAGGACGGGCGGCGCCUACAUCCCACCCGCCAAGCUGCGCCUCAUGCAGCAGCAGAUCACCGACAAGAGCAGCUUGGCCUAUCAGAGGAUGAGCUGGGAGGCACUGAAGAAGUCCAUCAACGGUCUGAUCAACAAAGUCAACGUGUCCAACAUUGUCAACAUCAUCCAGGAGAUCCUGCAAGAGAACAUCGUGAGGGGGAGGGGUCUGCUGGCCCGCUCGGUACUGCAGGCGCAGGCGGCCUCUCCCAUCUUCACGCACGUUUACGCUGCCGUGGUGGCCAUCAUCAACUCCAAGUUCCCGCAGAUCGGCGAACUCAUUCUCAAGCGACUCAUCCUCACCUUCCGACGCGGGUACCGGCGAAAUAUCAAGCAACAGUGCCUGACCUCGUCCAAGUUCGUGGCCCACCUCAUCAACCAGAACGUGGCCCACGAGGUGCUUUGUCUAGAGAUGCUGACGCUGCUUCUGGAGCGGCCCACCGACGACAGCGUGGAGGUGGCCAUCGCCUUCCUUAAAGAGUGCGGUCUCAAGCUCACCGACGUCUCUCCGCGUGGCGUUAACGCCAUCUUCGAGCGCUUGCGCAACGUCCUGCACGAGUCGGCCAUCGACAAGCGCGUGCAGUACAUGAUUGAGGUGAUGUUCGCCAUCCGCAAGGACGGUUUCAAGGACCACCCGGUCGUCCCCGAAGGGCUGGACCUGGUGGACGAGGACGACCAGUUCACGCACAUGCUGCCGCUGGACGACGACUACAACGGCGACGACGUCCUCAAUGUCUUCAAGAUGGACCCGGACUUCCAGGAAAACGAGGAGAAGUACAAAACGCUUAAGAGAGACAUCUUGGACGAGGGAAGCGGCGACUCCGGGGAGGAAGGAGACAGCGAGGACGACGACGACGAUGAUGAAGAUGGAGAUGACAAGCAGGAGGGCGAAGACGAGAAGGUGACCAUCUUGGAUCAGACCGAGGUCAACCUGGUGGCGUUCAGGAGGACCAUCUACCUAGUCAUCCAGUCCAGUUUGGACUUUGAGGAGUGCGCUCACAAGCUGAUCAAGAUGGACUUUCCCGAGAGCCAGACGAAGGAGCUUUGCAACAUGAUCCUG